ACCGUACCGGUACACAGCUGCCAUUCGCGGAGUGAACUGUAUAGUGAAAGGAAUACCAGAAAGUUCUUGCAAAAAUAUUCUUGGAAAAUGUCCUCUUGUCACUUUUUAGUCUUCCUUUUAUUAAGUGUUGCUUUACAAAGUGGAAUGUGUGAAACAUUAACCGAAGGACGAAAUGAUGGUGUGUAUGAAUUUACUCGGGAACCUUUAACAAGAUCAUCGCGGAAACUUGACCAAGUUAAUGAAGCUGACGUGGCCGGUUGGUCCGGGGACGAAGUGCAUGGGCGUUCGGCUAGGAGGAAGGUGUCUAUCACUAGCCGCGACAACCACAGAAGAAAUAUUCGUUCUUCAUCCACUAUUGCUAAUUGUGGAGUUACUGGCGACCAAAUUGAUAAAAUAUCAAAUAAUCAGUUCCACCUUAAUGACAGCAACUUCAAUCUGGCUUUAUUAUGGACAGGCAAGGACAGCAAGGAAUUGUUGGCACUCACUACAAUGGAGUAUGGUUUCUUGGCAGGCCAGUCUCACUUGUGGUUAAGCUUAGACUAUGGGAAGUCUUUCUCUAAUAUUGAUGAUAGAAUUGAAGGAGCAAUCAUAAGGAAAAGCAAUGGUAUCUUCAAGAGUCCUCUUGACUCACAAAGGAUCAUCCUCAUUUCUUACAAGUCCGAUAUGGAUGUGUUUACAUCCAAAUUCUACAUCUCCAAAGACGGUGCCCGUACUUUCUCUGCUGUCUCACUCCCAUUCUAUCCUGAAGGGCGGAUUAACUUUCAUACCACACAUCAAGAUCUGCUCUUUGUCCAAACACCCAACGAGGAAAAUAAAGUAUGGUUGUCGAGAGACUUUGGCGCCACGUGGACCACCCUCCAAUCCGACAUCCAACAGGCAUCUUGGGCAACAUCAGAAAUGAAUGCACCGGAUGAUCUCUUCAUGCUCAAAGAAGAAGAUGGCCAGCUAAAUUUGUUAAAAACACCAAAUCUCGGAAAUUCAUAUCAAACUCUUCAAAAGCAUGUCCAGAAUUUUGGGCUUCAAGGAAAAUUCAUCUAUGCUGCCAUUACUUCCAGUGAGGAAACAUCAGGCGAGGCACAGCAUGUCUUACAUGUUUCUACUGACAGAGGGCAUUCAUGGCAGCCUACUCAACUACCUGUUAUCACAAGUGAUAGAUUUUUCUCUGUCCUCGACAUGAGUGAAGGUCUCAUCUUUAUGCAUGUAGAUGAUCCAGAAAAUACGGGAACGGGAACAAUCUACACGUCUGCUUCCGAUGGUAUCGUCUUUUCAGAGUCAUUAUUACGCCAUCUUUUUCCAAAUGGCAACCAGGUGACUGAUUUCUACAAGGUGGAGUCGAUGCGCGGAGUGUACCUGGCCAGUCAGAUACAUGAAGACUCUACCAUCCACACAGUGAUUACCUAUGAUAGAGGAGGGAUCUGGUCUCCGGUCAGGAGGCCUGUUGAGGUCCCAUGUACAGAUACAGGGGAAUGUCAUCUACAGAUUCACAAUCAGUACAGCAGACUGAAGGGCAUACGCUUCCCAUCCGGGCCGGUCAGUGACAGUACAGCUACUGGACUCCUCUUAGCCCAUGCUACCGUUGCCAGCUCACUAGAGCUACGACCCCCUGAUGUAUAUGUUUCCAGUGACGGAGGUUACAACUGGAGAUUGGCCCUGCAAGGUCCUCAUCACCUAGCUAUAGCAAACAGUGGUGGUCUCCUUGUAGCCAUUCCGACCAUAGAGGAUGCUACUGAUACGAUCAAAUUUUCCUAUGACGAGGGUCAGUGCUGGAAUUCGUACAAGUUCACCGAGGAGAAGAUUACAGUGACAGGACUCCUGCCAGAACCAAGUAAAAAGUCUCUCAACGUCAGUAUCUGGGGAUAUGGUGCAGAUGAUAGCCAGUGGAGAUCCUUCAUGAUCAACUUUGGUUCUAUCCUUACAAGGCGAUGUGGGGAUAGUGACUUUAUGGACUGGCAGCCUCAUGAAAACAAUGGCAGGGCUGGGUGUUUGCUGGGACGAAAAGAAGUCUUCAGUCGAGUCCGACUCGAUUCUCUCUGUCGGGUCAGCUUCAUGUUUGAGCAGCAUCCAACCUCAAUGACAUGCAGUUGUGAUAAAUCCGACUAUGAAUGUGACUAUGGAUUCUAUAGAAAAACAAAUUCUACAGAUUGUAUCCUGAGUCCAGAGUUUCAACAUGAAGACCUUGAGUACUGUGAAUACGGCCAUGAAGAAGAAUUAAAUUCCUGGGGGUAUAGGAAGAUUCCUGGGGAUAGCUGUGUGGACGGUUAUCAGCCCCAAAGGGAUGUAGAGAAAUUAAAAGCAAGGUGCGGAACAUCGUCACAAACAAAAAAGUCACAUUCAGCUGCUGUGGGGAUUCUAGUCACAUUGGUUGUUGUUUUAGUUUUAGCACUGGUCUUCAUUUUGUACAAGAAAGGCAAAUUUAUGUUCAUACAAACUGGCCUCGGGACAUACAGAUACAGUAAAUUAAGUCAAGGAGAUUCCUGUGAAAAUAAUCCCCUUGAUUUGUCUGAGCCAGUGCAAGGGUACCAUGACGACUCAGAUGAGGAUAUGCUAGAAUGAACACAGCUAUCAGGAGGUCUGUUUGUGUUUGUGGGAUACUGCUACACAUCUACACAGCUGUACUUCAAAAGGAAGCCAAAAGUAUUGAAUUAAAUAAGUGCCUUUUAAUGACAUAUAAGAAUAACAUAAUUUAAUGAUUUUGUACUUUUUCCUUUCAAUGGCAUAUCUUCUGAUAUGGCAUGACUACCUUUUGCAACAUCUGUGUUUAAGCAAGUGGGAUAUGAUUUGUCUUUAUCUGGCUACUAAAAACUGUGGACUAAUCAAAUUCUUAGAAAGGUAGUUUUGUCCAAAGUUGCAUAAAAGAGCUCAUGAGAUUGUGAUCAUAUCAGUUCAUGGCACUGUAAUAAUUGUGCUCUAAUGACUUUGUCUGCUGUUAGAUAUUUAUUUGAGGGUCGAUGCAUAUAAAGCAUGGUUUGUGGUUUACCGCGACGGAACACUAUAAGAUGUUGAUGUCAUGGUAACUCUUGAGUAUAGCUUUAGAUGUUGCUUGGAGUCAUUCUUUGUAUUGUAUUGUAGAGGCCCCUAAUUAAGGUCACAAAACAACCACCUUUCUGUAGUAAACGUGUCUUAUUCAAAUACAACGUGGACAAAUACGUGGUGCAUAGAGGAACUAACUAACUUGGAUUUGUUUGCUUGUUUUGAUACUGUUGUAUUAUUUUAUUAUACAAGUAAAUGUAGUGCUGAGUUAUAAUUGAAAAAAGAAGAGUUCAGACAUUUUGGUUUUUCUAUGAUCAUUUCUUUCAAAUGAAAGUUUAUAAAAAUGUCUAUAGUAUGAUAUACAAUGCAUAUAUCAACUCAGAUUGAAUUAUCUUCCUGAUGCAUUCUUGAUGCUUACAUCAUCAUCUUAUUUCAUGCAGAGUAUUCAUUUCCUAUUAGGUUUCAGAUAAUGUUUACACUUUUGUUUUUUGGUUCAGGUCAUUUACUUUAGAUGUUUUUUGACAGUGCAAUUUUGUUUAUGACCCAGGAAGGCAUACCUUGCAAUCUUCUACAAAGAAAGAUGAAUAUAUGUAUAUAUUGUUUUAUUUAUAUAUCGGCAAAGAAAUUCACUGCAAUCUGUCGUGUGAAGAAAUAUAUAUUGAUUGAACGAGGUCAUGCAAUAUUACCCUGCACCUUGGAUAUCAAUUCCAGACUUUUUUUAAACCAUAGAAGUAACCAGCUUUAUGUUAUCCCAAUUCAAGUUAAAUCUUGAAAGAUUGUUUUGGGACACUCAUGCUACAUGUAUUCCAGUAGAAAAUUACCCCCAUGUUAAACCUCUCAGUACCAGGCCAUGAAAAGCCCACUGAGUUAUUCCACACUGAUGAGCCAACAGUACUGAGAGGGUUAAUACUCAUAGGCAGAGCUUUUCCGUAACAUCAUAUCAAUGUUGGGAGUGAACACUAGGGUACUUAUGUGCAGGCGCAUUUUCUCCUUAAAUGUUGAGAGUGAACAUUUUGGCAUUGUCAUUGAUUUUGUUUUAAUCGGGUUACUAGUAUUUAAAUAUGAUAUGAUAUGAAUGUAAGUACCUCUUUUCAAAUACACUUGAUGCAUGCUAUCAUUUUUCAUCCUUUUUUUAAGCUUGCAAAGGAAGCACAUAAAGUGCAAAUGGAAGGUCUUAUCACUUCAGGUUUUUCUUAAAGGAUUUACAUAUUAUAUUUUGUUAUUGUAUUGUGCAUAUAACAUAAUUAUCUACUGCAAAAAAUUUGUAUCUAUUAAAAGACAAGUCCACCCCUACAAAAAGUUGAUUUGAAUAAAAAGAGAAAAAUCCAACGAGCACAACACUGAAAAUUUCAUCAAAAUUUGUCCUGUGAAACAAAGUUUUAUUCCUCCCUGAACAUGUGGCAUUACCAAUUGUUAUAACAUUUUAUGGUUCAGUUAAGUUGGUCCUUCAUGUCAAAUUGGUAAAAAUGGAAAUAUUGUAUAAUUCAAACAAUAAAAAACAAAAGAAAUAGUGAGUGAUGGACAUCAUCGACUCAUUUGCAUGUCACUGAGUUGUGCAUAUACAUAUUUUGUGAAAAAUAAGCGAAACUCUAAAAUGUCAUAACUUUCUUAUUUUACAUCCGAUUUUGAUCAAAUUUUCUGCAUUAUGCUCGUUUGAUUUUUCUUUGUUUAUUCAAAUCAACAUUUUUCUGGGAUGGACUUGACCUUUAAAAAAGAUUUCUCCUGGGGAUUCUUAAUUACGUAUGAAAUUGUCCUGCAUCCUUUAAACAUACUGGGUAUUACUGGUCAUGAAGAUAGAAGUCUGUGCAUAUGGAAUCUUCUUUUUUCCUUUUUAAUUUUUCAUGAAACGUCUUUUUUUCAACCUGUAGUUUGACAUUGAGUCAGUGUCAUUAUUAUAAGUGAAGAAAUAUGAACACUUCAUUCCUUUCUUUUUUAUAUUUUGUUAUUGAAGUUUAUUUUUGUCAUUUUCAAGAUAUUGAUAAAAAAAAUGAAAAUGUUUAAUUUUCAAUUAUUAAUGCAUAUUCUGAUAGUGAUAGUGUCGUGGGAUUUAUAUUUGAAAGAAAUAAUUUACAGUUUCACCUUUUAUAUGAAUGCUUAAUUACUGGUGUAUUGAGUUUAAGAAGGAAAAAUUAUUCUUCAUUCUUUUCUUUUGUGUAUAAUUUGAUUGUGAGGAUAUUCAUUGUACAACCCAUUUCUCUAACAUGUAGCAAAAGCCUUGAUUUAACCAUUGUAUUACAGAGUUGAAAUUGGUGUAUGUAUUCUUGUAAGCUCAUAAAUUGCUAAUUUCCAUAUUUCCUUUUUCUCCAUUCAUUUUUAACAAAAGAAAGUGGUGUAGAUAUUUGUGUACAGACUAAACUGUUUAAAAUGUAUGUAUAAAAUAACAUAGUCUUCCAGGAUGCAUGUCUAGAUAUAAUAGUAACUGUAAGUGAAGUUGCCAUUCGCAACCUACAGAGAUUGGACUGUAUUCUGAACUCUGGGUAAAGUAAACCCUGGUCUAAAGUUGUAGUGUAUCUAUGGAUAGCCAAUUGUGACACAAUUCUCUCAUAAGAGGUUCAAUUUAUCAGCUCAUUGACAUUUAUAAACAAUUCAAAUUGUCUAAAAAUAGAAACUUACUUUUUUCCCACCAUUAAAAAGAAUAAUAAAUAGAAAAAACAUAAUUUAAACAAAAUGUUUAAUUUUUGGCUUCCCAUCAAUUUUUUUAGACCAUGGUCUAAGUUAAACUAGACUUCAGAAUACAAGUCAAAGAAUUUACUUCUCAAGGGGAAUACAGUUUUAUGAAGUUGUUGGCUACAGAAAGGCUACAAGAGAAGAUAAAAGCUUGAAGAAUCUUGUGAAGAAUUAUUACAUGAGCAAUUAGAAAUCUAUUUACCUUUUGGGAAAUGGUUAUUUAAUUUACACUAUAAGUGCAUAACGAAAUUCGUCUUUAUCUUAUUUUUUUAUUUAUUAUUAUAUUUUUUUUUUUGGGGGGGGGUGGUGGGUAGUCCUGAUCGGGUUUCACAAAACUUUCAUUAAUAGUACAGGGCCAAAUGGCAACCAUUGUAAAGCAUAAGUUUAAUACAUGGACCACAUCCACAGUGGGUUGUUAAAUGUAUGUGUAAACAUGAUGGUGUUCAGAAACAUUGCCAAGGGUAAGAAAAGAAUGUUUGUGUUAUGAAAUUGUCACUAGAUCUUGAUUCAUCUCUUCAAACUUGUUUCACUUUAUGUCAAUGUAAAUACUCGAAAAGUUAUAUACGUUUUGUUAAGGUCACCAUUCAAAACACAUUCCACUUAAACAUUGCCUCAAAAUUUUCUAUAGAAAGGUGCAAUGGGAAUUUCUAAGAAAUUUAUACAUAAAUGUCGAAUAGUAUUGCCUCAGAUCAUUUGUUCAAAUUGCACCAAAAACAGAUUAUUUGUAAUGAUUAUGGUCUACUUUUCAAUAAAUAUCUAUUUAUUCAAACUACAGAUAUUAAAGUCAUGUUUCUCACAUUAGAUAUUAACAGUAUGGUUGCAAUUUGCAAAUGAUAAAGUGCAUCAUAAUUUUCCAUAAUUGAAAAUACAAUGUCACCUCUUAUGACUCUUUGCCCACUCUGUUAAUAGACUAGAGUAACAUAUGAUACCGUGGACUGCCAACUUUGACUCGAGUCACAUCUCAUUCACAGUACACACAGAGUACUCAGUCUAUUGUACAUGUAUAUACAAUGCUUGGUUAUUGUGAGCUGAUUAGCAUAGUCCAAGCAGCAAAACCCUUAAGGUUGCACCCUAAACUUGAUAGCCACAGGAGGGAUUACAUGUACAUGUAUGUCGGUGGCGGGCAAAGAGUUGAUACAACUCAUUUCAUAAAUUACAUGUGUGGUGGGUAAUAUCAUGUGCAAGUGUUUCAAUGUAAAAUGUUCCUAAUUUGAUAUCACUGUUAUCUAAAGAGGGUGAAUUCAGUUUAUCCAUUUAUUCAAGAAGUCUUGAAUGGAAAUCCAGGUGGCCACUAUUCAAUUUCUGAUCUACAGCAAUAUGAUUUAUUAUUAUUAUUUUUAAUAAAAGGUCCGUUGGGCUAUAUAUUACCGUUUUCAUGAAAA